AUGCUGCGGAUCAAGCUAGAAGAGGAUGGCAUUAUUGAAACAUUUUCCAUCCGAGGUGAUUGUGACUUCAGAGGAGUUUUGAAUGGAGUCCUGACCCCUGAGAUCUUUUCUGGAGGAAUUGAGCAACACAUUGCAGCCACCGCCACCGAAAUACUUAAUGCAGACAUCCAAAUAUAUGGGGAACUUUGCACCCACUACAAUGCCCAUUAUUUCAAAUCUCAUCCUUUGAGUCCCUCUGUGCUUUAUAUUUCAGUUGCCAUCAUUCACCACACUGAAGAGGUUGACCUUCUAACCUUGUCAACUUUCUAUCACCCACAUGAUUCUGUGACAUUCUCUAAUAUAAUACUCUUUUCUACACAACCACAAUAUCUGAAGACUAUAAGGCAGAAGACAACGGAGAGAGAAACCAAAGAUGGAUGUAGAAGUGGAGAAAAAGUUAUCACUUUCUCAAGAAAAAUGCAGAAAGGUUCAAUCUGCAAUAUGGUUGUUGGUGCUGGUUGUGUUUGUGGGUUGGAUUUUCUUAUGGAUAAUGACGCCCACAAACACUUACCAGCAAAUAUGGCAGCAUCGGCUUCAAGCAAAGACUAA